AUGUACUGGCAUGGAUUCCUGCCAUCUGCGAGUCCCGGUUGCGGCACCAUCUGCAUCGCAUUAUCCAUGACUUUUUUCAGUGUGUUAGAUUAUGUUUUACGAGGGGUAAAUCCCCCUACGACUGUUGUUUGCAAAGGUUCACUUGCCAUAUGGAAGUGGCGCAAUAUGGUGAUUUCUUGGUUGCAUGCUGUUUUGAUUGGAACAUGGGAUUUAUUAUGCUUUUAUUAUUAUCCUGAGUUGAUGAAUGAUCCAGUAGACCAUAUCGUGCCUUUUACAUAUUACUUAGUGGCCGUUUCUACUGGUUACUUUCUUUAUGAUUUUUGGGAUAUGUUCACCCAGAGGCAAUUGUUCAAAAUGUGGGAAUUGACAUUGCAUCACAUUGCAGUUCUGAGUGCCUUUAUUUAUAAUGUACUGUCAGUUCGGUACAUAGCAUACACAGUUAUCGCCCUACUUGCUGAGAUCAACAGCAUAUUUCUUCACACCCGUAAAUUGAUGCAAAUGCACAGAGUUCCUUCAGUGAACAUGUCUUAUCGAUUCAAUUCUGUCCUGAACCUAACUACAUUUGCAGGUUUUCGGGGUUUCGCACUGCUUCGUAUUUCAUACGGCAUGUAUAUGAAUCCCGAAAAAAUGACACCUUUUUAUACUGUAUUGUUGGGGACAAGUAUGUUCAUCAUGAAUCUGCUGAAUCCAGUUCUAUUUUACAUACUUCUACGCAACGAUUUUCUACUUCCACCCAAAGAUGAAGAACUUUAUAUCAAAAACGGGAUGAAAGCAAAUUGUCCUCCCUCAAAAAGCAAAAUGUCCAAUGGUUACAGUUUAUCAUUAGAAAUAAAUGGCUUUCCCUGCAAUGGAAUUCAUAAGCGAAAUCUGUGA